UGCAUUUCGGUUUAGUACUAAGCCGUUUUUUUCUUUUUUUUCGGAAGACCUCGAGUUGUUUGAUAGUGGUGCCGAAAGCGGCACUCGGACGUUAUUAGCUGUGUGACCACUGGUCAGCUACGCAUCGUACGACGACGAGCAGACAUAUAUAGUCGAGCAGCCGACAUAUGUUCGUUCCAUUUCUUCCGUUGUCAGCACUGCUGCAGAGGACUCAUUGUUUCUGCCAACUAAGCUCGACGAGUGCCGAGGGCAAAGUUACUACUCUAGAUUUGUCUUUGAGAAUGGAAGCUCGCAGUGCUACCUGCAACAUGCCCUCGGUGCCCUACGCCAUCCGGCCGCUGACGGCUAGCGACAGCCCGCAGCUAGUGGACUUCCUUCGUCGGUUCUUCCUGAGGGACGAGCCGCUCAACGCAGCCAUGGGCAUCAUGGCGAACGGGCGACAGUCCUGGCCAGAGCAAGAGCGCUUCCUUCUCGAGCCUCUAUCCCAAGGUGUUUCUUUGCAAGCAGUGGAUACCGUGAGUGGCAAGAUUAUGGGAGUCUUCAUAAACCGCUUGCACCAACCUGGACGUCAAGGGGACACUGUCAGAGAGGUUGAGACCUGUCCAGAUCCAGCCUUCCGGGAAAUCCUGCGGUUCAUCACCUCUGUUGAUCUCCAGGUGUCUGAGAAAUUGUGUGCCCUGUUCCCUGAUGUACACCUUCAUCGGUUGGAGAUUGUAGCUGGGUCCGUCGACCCAGCUGCCAGGAAUUGUGGAAUUGGCAUUGCCCUCGUCGAGCACACCAACCAACUGGCGAAGGAUCGAGGUAUACCACUGGUGAGAGUUGACUGCUCCAGUGUGUUCUCUGCAAAGGGCAUUGAACGUUGUGGAUUCCAAAAGAUCUUUUCCAUCAGAUUUGACUCUUAUAAAUGUGAUGGGAAAGUCAUUUUCCCUCCCACAAAAGAGUCUGGUGAUGAGUACAUUACCUAUGUCAAAAGGUUAACUCCUAGGCCACAUCUUAUCACAUUACAUGCAGCUGCUAACAUGCAGUGCCAUAUUUGAAUGAUACACAGAUGAUUAAAUUAUCUCUUUAGAGGCCACAUACUGACCUGAUGUUUUUUUUGUUAUUGGGAUUUAAAUGGCUUCAAUGAAAAAUUUAAAAAAAUCACAUUUGCUAAUUCAAUUGUCAUCAGAUCUCUAGAUUGCCAAGGCAGGUCAGGCAGUAACUCAUGUAUGAUGAUUUUUGUAAAGUAAAUUUGUUUUAGUAGUAUGUUUUACUUAGAUAGAUAAUCUAUUGAAUAGUUGUAUCCGAAGUGAUAACAUUAGGACAGUGCAUAAGUUCAUAGCAUUUUUCCAUUUACUAAACACAACAGAUGCAUGUAACAGAGACUUUAGUCAUCAAUAAUAUAUCCUCCUUCACUGUUUAUAAAAAUCUGCCAAUGCUAGGGUAAAUUUUUGCUUUCACAACUACAGAAAUUGUAUGGUAUUGAGGCAAAGAACACAUCAAGUCAUGUUCAGAGCACAUUUUCAUCUGGAAAGGAAAUUCCUUGAAGGGUGUUUGACAGAGAGCAAGAAGGGUAAGGGCACAAGAGUGGGUGAAUAAGAUGGCUGCAAAAUGACUUACCAACCAAAAUCCUGUAUAGCAUAUGCUGCAAGUCUAGCAGAAUGCAAGCAGGCAUCAUAGUGGAGUAACAUCACUUCACACAGUCUUCAUGGCCAUCGUUCUUGUACUAUAUCUGCAAGACAUUGAAGUUGUUGACAAUAAACAUUAAUAGUAAAGGUUACACCUCGGGGAAGCAAUUCAUAGUACACCACACCAUUGCUGUUCCACCAGAUACAUAACUUUAUCUUUUGUGGAUGGGCACAGGUCUUUGUACAGGGAGUUCUUGCUUCAUUGGGGCCCCACCUUUCCUUUCCUUUCUUUUCCUUGUGUUAGCAUAAAGACACAUUUCUCAUCACAGAAGUGAUACACGAUAGAAAUAGUCAGUGUUGUUCAUGAGCCAGUUGUGAUGGAGAGUCAGAGAUGCUGGUUUUUGUGACUUUGGAUUAGAGCAUGUGGUACCUAUACAGGAGAUUUUUGAAACUUUUCCACUGCAUGCAAAUGUCACACAAUGAUGGAAUGAUCAGUUAUUCACAUUUGCCAAUUCUUGAGUACACUGAUGUGGGUCAUUGUGGAUUAAUACAUUUAAAUGAUCGUCAGCAAACCCCAAAGGUCUUCCUGAAUGCGUAGAGUCACUAAUGUAUCAGUGAUCCUUCUUAAAUGAGAAAACUAUUUUCUUACCAUGGUCUGUCCAAUGGCAUUAUCCAUAUACAUGGCGCAAAUGUUUCUGGCUCCUUUGCUGUCGCCAUUUUACUUAUCUCGAACAGAAGCAUAUGUUGGAAAUGUUCUGAUUUCUCCACUUGGCAUUUCAUUUUCUAGUGUGCACAGCUCUACUCACUAUCUCCAAAUGACAAACUGACAAUAUGUAAACUAUAACAGCAACAGUGAACAAGAAAGAAAAAAUAAUGGCUGGUAAAUAAACUCAUAGCAACUGAAUUACUAAUGUGCAAAACAAAAACACUAUGAACUUAUGUGCAGAGUACAUUUUUGUACAUAUUGGUACUGAAAUUUCACCAUUUACCCUUGUACUUUAACCACACAGACUUUUAUUUUGAAUAAUAAAUUUUCUUUUCAAGUUA